GGCCAAUAGGGCGAUAAGGAUCCAGCAGAAUGGGAUGACGGUGAAUCCUGCUAGUGUGCUGUGAAUGUGAAGCAGGAGGGACUGGCAGUUUGUGUGCAGGAGAGAAAGCAACUCAGUCCAGGGCCCCUGAAUUAGCAGACUAAGGAAAGGAGAGAAAGAAAAUACAGCUGAAAAACUAGUGUAUAUCUCCACCAGGAUUUCAAGUGGGAAAGCCUGCCUGGCUGGACUGCAAGGAGGUACCUCCACACACAGAGAAACAUUCCCCAGGACUGGUGACACUGUUGUUCAGCCCUAUUCUUGCUGUGAAGGUUUCCACACAACGCUGCAGCAAUGAAUUUCCUCCGGCGACGUCUCUCGGACAGUAGUUUUGUGGCAAAUUUGCCCAAUGGGUACAUGAUGGACUUGCAGCGCCCCGACAGCUCUACGAGCUCCCCGGUUUCUCCUGCUAUGGAGAGAAAGCAUCCUCAGCCACCGCAGCCCACACACUCCUCCUCUACUGGCACCAGCAUCUUCAGCUCCAUCUCCAGUGCCAUGAAGCAAACCACGCAAGCAGCUGCAGGACUGAUCGAUCACUCAGCCAGCCCCACACCUCCUGUGGCCCAGAAACCCAAGAUCCUCCUAGUGAUUGAUGAUGCACACACAGAGUGGGCCAAAUAUUUCCAGGGGAAGAAGGUGAAUGGAGAAUUUGAUAUCCGAGUGGAACAGGCUGAGUUCUCCGAGCUGAACCUGGCUGCUUAUGUCACAGGCGGCUGCAUGGUGGACAUGCAGGUCAUGAGGAACGGCACCAAGGUGGUAAGAUCUUUCAAGCCGGACUUUGUCCUGAUUCGGCAGCAUGCCUAUAGCAUGGCACUGGGAGAGGACUUCCGCAGCCUCAUUAUUGGCCUCCAGUAUGGUGGCAUCCACACGGUCAACUCCCUCUACUCCAUCUACAACUUCUGCAGCAAGCCCUGGGUGUUCUCCCAGCUCAUCAAAAUCUUCAACUCGCUGGGGCCUGAGAAGUUUCCCCUUGUGGACCAAACGUUCUUCCCAAGCCAUAAGCAGAUGCUCACAACUCCAAAUUUCCCUGUAGUGGUCAAACUGGGACAUGCUCAUGCUGGAAUGGGAAAGGUCAAAGUUGAGAACCAGCACGACUUCCGGGACAUGGCCAGCAUAGUAGCCAUGGCAAAAACCUACGCCACCACUGAGCCGUUCAUUGACUCCAAGUAUGACAUCCGAAUCCAGAAAAUCGGCAGCAACUACAAGGCUUACAUGAGGACAUCUAUCUCUGGAAACUGGAAAGCAAACACAGGGUCUGCGAUGCUCGAACAGAUUGCAAUGACAGAGAGGUACAGACUCUGGGCAGACGCCUGUGCAGAAAUGUUUGGAGGUCUUGACAUCUGUGCUGUCAAAGCUGUCCACAGCAAAGAUGGAAAAGACUAUAUCAUUGAGGUGAUGGACAGCUCAAUGCCCCUGAUUGGGGAGCAUGUGGAAGAGGACAGACAACUCAUAGCUGAUCUGGUUGUCUCCAAAAUGACUCAACUUGUCACCACUGCUGGAUCUACACCGUCACCACUGAGGCCUUGGCCUCCACAAGUUCAGCCUGCACCAAUGAAACCUCAGACUGGACCUCAGCUUGGACAACUGUCCCAACCACGGCCUCCUCCUCAAGGUGGCCCCCGCCAGCCUCAGGGAUCUCAGCCUCCACGGACAAACGCACCUCCACAGCAGCGGCUCUCCCCUCAAGGACAGCAGCCCCAGAGCCCCCAGUCCACUUCCCCUCAGCAGCAAAGGUCACCUGGAUCUCCACAGCAAGUCCGAUCAGCAACUGGGUCCUCUCCAGUCCAGGCUCCCAAGGCAGGCGUGUUCCCUUCGCAGCAGCCUAGACCUCCUGCUCAAGGCCGUGCUCCUAGCCAGCCAAGCCCCACUGAAACAUCCAAGCAGCAACCCACCCCUCACCCCCAUCUGAACAAAUCACAGUCCCUGACAAACACCUUCAGCAUACCUGAAUCAUCUCAGCGGGGAAACGCCAAUGAAGAUGAAGCAAAAGCCGAGACCAUCCGAAACCUGAGGAAAUCAUUUGCUAGCCUGUUUUCUGAUUAACAGCCCUGCAGCUGAUCCGUGCUUCUGCCCGCCCUCACUCUUCAUAUCAGCAUACCUGAUGUCACCCUGGAAUACUCUCAAUGGUACCCAGCGAAUUAAAACUAACGUCUGGGUAAAUGGAAUUUGGAAAACCAUAUUUGUUUUAAUAUAAAGAAAAUAUUCCAAUAAUAAUGGUCUGAAAAGUGACUGUAUAAAAACGGCCCUAUUUCAUUGGGGGUUUUGUGCAUUAUCAGAAUCACAUCUGCUCAAACAACCGAGCUCUAAAGCAGAUUUUAACUCUUGCCAACCCCUCUGGCAUCACCACAGUUAUAACAGUGCAAAGUAGGUUAGUAGAUAGUCAGUACAAUUUGGUAACUCCCAAUAACUGAAAAAAUAUAGGUCUACUUCAGAAAUAGAUGUGCAAAGAUGGAGUCAAGAAUAAGUAUUCAUUGACUCAUAAAGUAAGCAUGCUUGAGCAUGGAGACAGUGACCUGUGAAAGUUCAUGAUACCAAUUUUAUAAAGAGUCACUUUUCAGAGCAAAACAACAUUUCAAGUUAAAUACAGAACCAGGCAUCAUUAAGCACCAAAGAUCACAUGAGCAGGUCAUCCAGAUGGACUGCUGGUUUGUUCCAGAUCAUUCUGCUCGUAACAGAUAAAACAUCUCUGUUUCAUGCCUUGCAUUUAUGUCCUCUGCACAUGAUGGCUGAGCUCUGAGAUAAAAAUGUCAUGUUCUAACCCUGUAGCCCUAGCUCAAAAUAACCUGAGAAAUGGGCCUUCAACAUAAAAAAAACCCAACUUUUUCCCCUGCCCCUGGAAACACCGGAAUUCACAUUCACAUUUCACAAAAACUCUAGACAAAACCCAGCUAAACUCCAAGCACUUUGGUGACUUGGUCACAUCUGGCUAAGUAUGUCCCCCAGGAACAUGCUUAAUUAAUAGCAGAGCUGAUGAAGUGCACAUACUUGUGUGCUGAGUGUUCCAUAAUACCAAAUGCACAGAGAGAUGGAGUGAAAUCCUGUCUCCCUCCCUGAACUCCCAUUGACUGACUGGGGGGAUUGCAAAAAUGAGUGCAGGGUGACAAACCUGCAAUAGAACAGGCAAACUAUCCUUUCCGAAUAAGAUAAGCUGGAGUUCAUCCAAAGACACCAAGCCAUGGGAGGGCACGUUGGGAUUGUCCCAAGCAGGUAAUGAACAGUAUUAGUCCUCCCUGACCACCUCCAAGGCUUAUUCUUCCAGAGGAGACAGAGAUGGAUCUUUUUGGUGUGCUUUUAUAAGAAUGAAGCUGUGUAUGAGCAUACAG